AUGACCGCUAUCAUUAUGUUCCACCAACUGAUGGGUGGAGCGAUCUUCAUGGCUGCCGGACAAGUUGCCUUCGUCAAUCAGCUCAUCAAUACGCUCCAUACGAGCGUGCCGGACAUCGAUUCAGCCCUUGUGAUUGCCACUGGAGCCACUGAGCUACGGUCUGUCUUUAGCCCUGAGCAGAUGCCCGGCAUCCUGGCCGCUUUUGCAGUGGCUAUCGUUGCGGUGGGGCUGUCUUUCUUUAUCAGCCUGUUCAGCAACUUCAAGCGUAUCGACACAGAUGCAGUCCAGGGUGGAGGAGCUGCGUGA